GCUAUAUAUAUCUUGUAUUGCCUCAAUCUUUCAUACCUCACAAUUAAGAGAUAAAACUGUUUCCAUUGAUUUCAUAUGAGCAAAAAAAUAAUGAGUAGUUGUUUUGUGAAACUAUUUUAUUCACUUGUGCUGCUUUUAUCGAAUGCUGCAGGAUCUAUUCUUAGUGCAGAAAUAAAGUGCAUAGAGAGUGAGAGACAAGCACUCCUCAACUUCAAACAAAGUCUCUUUGAUGAUUAUGGCAUCUUGUCUACAUGGAGGGACGGCGACAACAAUACAGAUUGUUGUAAAUGGAGAGGCAUACAAUGCCACAAUGAAACUGGUCACAUACAGUUACUCGAUAUUCAUGGUGAUUAUUGGUAUGCAGGUGCACAAUAUUUGCAAGGUUCAAUUAAUCUCACUUCAUUGAUUGACUUGCAUAAUAUUCAACAUCUGGAUCUCAGCAAUAAUUAUUUUCGACGGAGUUACAUCGCAGAAGAACUCAUUGGCUCCUUCACCAACUUAACAUAUCUCAAUCUCUCAUACUCUCUGUUUGGCGGGAGCAUUUACAGUAUCUGGAUCUAUGCAACAAUUUUCUCAGUGGGGAACUCCCUUCUCAACUUGGAAACCCAUCUGGAUCUAAGCAAUAAUGAUCUCAAUGGAGAAAUCCCUUAUCAACUUGGAAAUAUCUCACAGUUGAGGUAUCUUGAUCUUUCAGGAAAUUCAUUUUCUGGAGCACUCCCUUUCCAGGUUGGGAAUCUUCCUUUCUUACACACUCUUGGACUUGCUGGAAAUUUUGAUGUCAAAUCUAAGGAUGUUGAAUGUUGUUUUGUUUUCUCAUCUUCUUUCUUUCCAAGCUUUCCUUCUCUUGUGAUCCUUGACCUUUCUUAUAAUAAUAUGACAUCAUUAGUCUUUCAAGGUAGUUUCAACUUCGGCUCAAAACUUCAAAAUCUUAAUUUGCAAGAUUGUAGUCUUAUGGAUAGAAGUUUCAUUAUGUCAUCAACUUCCAUUAUGAAUUCUUCAUCUUCCCUUCUCUCCCUUGAUCUAUCCUCCAAUUUGUUGAAAUCAUCAACUAUAUUCUACGGGCUCUUUAACUCCACCACCAAUCUUCGUUCCCUUUACCUUGGAAAUAACAUGUUAGAAGGUCCCAUCCAUGAUGGAUUUGGUAAAGUGAUGAACUCUCUUGAAACUCUUGACCUCUCUGGUAAUAAAUUGCAAGGCAAGAUUCCUUCUUUCUUUGGGAACAUGUGCAGAUUACAGAUAUUAGACCUCGCUAAUAACAAGUUGAAUGGCGAAAUUUCUAGCUUUGAAAAUUCUUCAUGGUGCAACCAACACAUAUUUCAAAGUUUGGAUUUAUCUUCUAACCAGAUUACUGGCGUGUUGCCUAAAAGCAUCGGAUUGCUAUCUGAAUUGGAGUUUCUUGAUUUGGAGGGAAAUUAUUUGGAGGGCGAAGUCAAUGAAUCUCAUCUUUCUAAUUUUUCCAAAUUAGAAUACUUAUACUUAUCAGGGAACUCAUUGUCUCUGAAAUUUGUUCCUAGUUGGGUUCCCCCUUUCCAAUUAAAAUACUUGGGACUAAGAUCUUGCAAGUCGGGUCCAAGUUUUCCAAGUUGGCUCCAGACUCAACGCUCCUUAACAUUUCUGGAUAUUUCUGAUAACGCGAUUAAUGAUUCGACACCAGAAUGGUUUUGGGGGAAAUUGCAAAGUAUGGCAACAUUGAAUAUGUCACACAACAAUCUCAUAGGUGAAAUUCCGAAUUUAUCACUGAAGCUUCUUAAUAGACCAUCAAUAUUUAUGGAUUCAAAUCAAAUUGGGGGCAAAGUUCCGUCGUUUAUGUUUCAAGCUUCAAAGCUAUUUCUUUCUAAAAAUAAAUUUUCAGAUUUCUUUUCAUUCUUAUGUUACCAAAGCACAACUUCAAACUCAAUGACUUUAGAUUUGUCAAGCAAUCAAAUAACGGGAGAACUCCCAAAUUGUUGGAAAUCAGUAGAGUCAUUAGUGGUUCUCGAUUUAAGCAACAAUAAAUUGUCAGGGAAGAUUCCUAUGUCCAUGGGCACCCUCGUUAAUUUGAAAGCUUUGGUUUUAGGAAAUAAUAACUUAACGGGUGAAUUGCCUUCUACUCUGAAGAAUUGUAGCAAUUUAAUUAUGCUGGAUGUGGGUGAAAAUAUGUUAUCUGGUCCAAUACCAUCAUGGAUAGGAGAAAGUAUGCAGCAAUUGAUAAUCUUGAACAUGCGAGGAAAUCACUUCUCUGGAAAUCUUCCUAUUGAUUUGUGUUAUUUAAAACAUAUUCAAUUGUUGGAUCUUUCAAGAAAUUACAUGUCGGGAGGAAUUCCAACAUACUUAAAGAAUUUUACCGCAAUGGCUGAAAAGAGCAUCAACAGAAGUGACACUAUGCGACGUGUAUAUAAUGGUAGUUUGUAUGUAGUUUCUGGUCAUUUGAGUUUGGGUUAUUAUACGUUUGAGAUAACAUGGAUGUGGAAAGGUGUGGAACAGGGGUUCAUAAAUCCUGAAUUGAAUCUUAAGAGCAUUGAUCUCUCAUGCAAUAAUUUAACUGGUGAAAUACCAAAAGAGAUAGGCUAUUUACUUGGGUUAGUUUCUUUGAACUUAGCAAGAAACAAUUUGAGUGGAGAAAUACCUUCAGAGAUUGGGAAUUUAAGUUCACUAGAUUACCUUGAUUUGUCAAGAAAUCAUUUCAGUGGGAGAAUUCCUUCUUCUCUUUCUCAAAUUGAUGGUCUAGGCAAACUAGACUUGUCCCACAACUCUCUUUCUGGAAGAAUCCCAACCGGAAGACAUUUUGAAACCUAUGAUGCCUCUAGUUUUGAAGGAAAUGUUGAUCUUUGUGGUGAACAAAUUAACAAAACUUGUCCUGAAGAUGGAGAUUGGUCAACAACAGUGAAGCCCAAAGAUGAAGCAGUGAAAGGUGAAGAUUCUGAUUUCCAUGAGGCAUUAUACAUGAGCAUGGGUGUAGGGUACUUCAUUGGAUUUUGGGGAUUAAUUGGGCCAAUACUUGUUUGGCGUCCUUGGAGAAAUGCAUGCAAGCUAAGAAUUCGGCCAAGGGAACAAGGCUAG